ACAGUCGACCGCGCUAGCUGACGCGGCGCACGUCUUUAUCGUUACGCAAAAAAAGUUUCGCAUUCUGAAUUCGAUAAAUUCAAUUUUUUUUGGAAUGUAAUCGGUGUCCGUCGUCAAACCAUCUAUGUGCCAUAUACAGUGAUGUUAAUUUGUGUGGAUUAAAAAAUGGGUGUUUUUAUUAAUUUGUUAUUGUUUGUGACCGUUUUUGUGCCUUGUGUUUUUGGCCAAGAGGCUGCUACGUGCUAUGGUGCUGGCAGUGUCGCAGGCGCAGCAAUCGGUGCCUUUAUUGCAGCAAUACUGUUGGUAGCAGCUGCCUAUUACUUGAGGAAACUUUAUUGGAAAUCACGGAAAGGAAAGCACCUAGUCUUCUCAACAGACCCAGAGUCUGUGAAAGAUGAGUUCGCGUUUGACAACCCUGGGUUCCGCCAGGACGAGAGGACUGCGUGGCAGCAUGAAGCACCAACCCUACCUCUCAGUGGCAAGCACCAAGGCCUACAUGUUGAGUUCACCAAGCCUGAACAUAGCAAGGAUGAUUCACAUUUACAGCGAGCUCGUAUUCGUCGUGUGAAGCUAUGGGCCCGAGAUUUCACUGGUUUAGGUUUCCGAUGUGGAGGCGGUGCGAGGGAUGGAGUGCAUGUCCAUUCCGUGCUGAGAAGCGGACCAGCGGCCGCCGCCAAGUUACAACCAGGAGACAAAAUCAAGAGCAUAAAGAUCGAGUUCACGGGCACGCCGCUAGAGGACGCUGUAUCUAUCCUGUCUCUGGCGUCUCCAUACCCUGUGGAACUGGAGGUGGUUGAGGGCGGGCGGUCCAGCGGCACGGGGAGGGCGGUCCAUCAUCCGCUGCUGAAGAGAGCAGGGUCCAUGGGCGAUGUUAGCACGCUUGAAAAGGAAGGAAAACUCCUGCACCCGCCAAGGUCACCAAACACAUCAAAUUCGAACAACUCAACUCUAGAAACGAAACAGUCGAAGAGCGGCAUCAAGAAGAUGAUAUCAGACAAGAUCAUUACAUCUACAACACUAGAGAGAAACAAGAAGGAGAAGAAAGAGGGACACACUACUCUAGAACGGGAGAACGAAAAGAACAGUAAGCUCGCUAACAAAUCUAGACUAUCUGACAUCCCACCAGCUGUCAACAAACCUGAGAGAAACAAAAAUAGACAUUCCACCGACUCCGACAUUCAAAUAAUCCAACCUGAGAAUGGUAUUACCUCCAUGACUCACAUAGAACAAUCGGAAGUACAGAAAAGAGAAUAUGAUCCUAAAAGAGCCAUGAAAUUCGGUAUAAGAGUCCUACCUCCUAAUGUACCUGAUGAUGGAGUACUUAAACACAAAGGAGUAGAGAAUGGAAGUGUCGCUGUUGAGAAGAAAUCCGUUGACGAGAUUGACAAACCAGAACCUCAGCGUCCCGCACCAACGACACAAAUCAAACAUGAGAACGAAACGGAACAGAAGAAACCUGUUGUCGCUAAACGCAGAGAAAAAAUGGCUCCUCCCAUACCCAAUGCUAGGAACAAGACUAAUGAAUCUGAUACAACUAUCACUAGUCUAGAAACUUCCAGAACAUCAGAGGCUUCUGCAGUAACGACUUUCGCUAGAAACGACCUCAACUCUAGUGGAAUCAGAAGAGACGAGAACGGAAUACCUCAAGAGUUACCACAGCACAUGAUAGAUGCGGCUAAAGCAGCUAGGACUAACAGAAAGAGUUCCACUGAAUUAAUUUAUGAGAAAGAAAAGGUGGAACAUAAGAAGGAAGAAGCGCCGAAACCGAAGAAAUCCAAAGGCAAAGCUCCUUCCCCUCCAGACCAUGAGAAAAACAAAACUGACGACAGCAUUCUGGAGCAAUUAAAAAAUGUGAACGAUUUCUUGAGCAAUGAGAAGCAACAUUCGAGUCUGUUACACGACUCCCUUGUAUCAACCAGGUCUUCCAACGCGUCACAAAUCAAUACCUCAACACCAAAGGUGAACAAAACCAAGAGCCACACGUCUACCCGUCUAGAAGAGUCUAUCAAUUUCAGUCAAGAUGACAUUUACGAUAUUGUCACUAAACCUUUCAGGCGUGAAAGUGAUUCCCUCAACAACUUCUUUGAAGAUUCGAAGUCUAACAUGUCUUCAAACCAAGAUGUUCAUUCGAUAAGGUCAUUGAACCAUAGUGACAAGAGUGACAAAGGCUCAACAACAAUAGAGCUCAACAACAGUGACAUUACUAUCCACAGUUCACCAAUCAACGAUACAGUGCAUUCUGUAUCAGAUGAUACAUCCAUCUUAGACGAAAACGAACGCAAAGCUGCUUCACUUGGUGAUUUGUCUAGAUUUGAACUAAGAGCCAAAACUAGCAAGCCUUCCACAGGUACUUUAGAAAGAGCUCAAAGUCUAGACAUCUCAGCUGAGGACGCCGAAAAUCCUGAAAGUGCUAUAUCACCCAAAAAGAGAAAAGCUAUGUCGGUAGUCGAAACUACAUUCUUUGAUUCAGGAAAUGAAGAUGUUCUACCAGAUAUGAUUGAUUCAGACAAAGGUGUUAUCAUCAAACACAAGGAACCUCGAUUGAGCCUCAAUAUUGCUAAAACAUCGGCAAUGGAAGGACUCAACACUUUCCAAAGAAAUCGCCUGAAGAAAGGUUCGGAAUUUGGUAACUUAGAAGACGCUAUAGUCAAGGGAUCUUCUAGUUCAGUAGAGUCUGAUAAAAAUGAGGAAUCUAGCUUUACUAAGCCCAAAGAUUUUGAGCUUUAUAAAGAGAGUGAGCAUGAAACGUCUGAUCACCUUGCAAGAAGAAUAAUGGAUGAAAAUAUGAAAGUUCAUCUUAAACUGGUGUCAGAAUUCGCAAAGUCUACUUCAGAUGGAAGCAACAUGAGCUCUUUAGAUAGUACGCAAGAAGUCGUACCAGUCGUCACAGAAGCUAAAUCAGUACCAGCUAAAUAUGAAGAGAAACUGACAAUGACAUAUGACACUAAUGUACCUGAUGAUUUGAAAAUGUCACGUAAUUCUUAUGCGAAUAGCUUGGAGAGACCGAAAUCCGAUAUGAUGAAGAAACUGCUCGCCAAAAACCCGAUACUGAACGUACACAUUGACCAAAGUUCUGAGAAAGAGAAGCAUGAAGCCAGCACAAGUAAGGAAACACCGCAGACAGACGCAUUCAAAUCCGCAAUGCACCAACCUGACAUCGUGAACUUUGACUUGAAAACAUCACAAACAGAGAAAGCCAGGGAUUAUGAUGACUUCGUUAGUAACAUUAGGAUUGGAUCGAACAAUAACAGUCUGAAUUACAGUAAGAAGCUUGAGACUUUCUCCUCAGAUUGGACGGAACCCAAAGAUAUAAACACCAAUGUCGUUACUAUUACCACAGAGAAAUCUCAACCCGUUGAAGAAAAACGUAAAUCGUAUCGCGACCACACAAAGUCUAUCGAGAUAGGUGAGCCUACUAUACGUAUGAUGCCGCCUGAUGUUCUGGAAGGUAUUCGACGAAGACACGAUGAGAGGGAGAGGACCUUAUAUAUGGAACCAGCUAGCGUCUCCUUAACGAUGACCCAAGAACCUGUUCAGAAAACCGUAACUGUUAAUGUUAAUGAAGAUGAGUUUGGCAACAAAGUUAUUACACAGAACGUUGAGAAAAUAUCCACAAAGUACAUUACAACUAAAACUGAAGCACCUUUACAAGUAGAACAGAUUAGUUUUGGUAUCAUGAGAGGAGGAGAGAUAAAUGAAAUGCAGCUAGAAGAAGGAGAUGUCAAAGAUAUUGAUAAAAGAGUCUUAGACGAAAUCAAGAGACAAAAUCCUAACAUGCACUUCACCACAGACGAACCAGCUUACACAAGAACAGAGACAAUAAUCCUAAACACAACAGAAAUGAAUGAAGAACAAGCACAAGCCUUGAUGGAAAAACUUAAAAAUGAUCCGAGUUUCAUGUCUCAAAAGUCACCUGAAGAGUUAUCACGUAUGGGAAUUAGAAUUAUACAAGACCUUGAAGAUGUGCAGACAUCCACAGCAGACUCUGUAGAGGUCACCAAAACAAGAUACUCUAUAAACCCAUCGAUAACAGACGUACAAAAAGAUUGCAAAGAGAUAGACAGCCAGAAGGAUCACAUCACAGAAAUACAAGUAGUCACACCACGUACGGAACAAAUGCAAAAACAGAAGGAAAGUAAGGAUAAAAUUUCUAGCAGACAAAGAGCACCGCCUUACGAAGAACCCCCGCUAUCCUACGAAUUAGACAUUGAACUGCUGAAUGACUUCAUUCUCAACGAAAAGCACGUCUCAGCUAAGCAACUAGCUGACGAACAAAAACGAGCGAAAAUAAACCAAUCGAACGAACCAAAGAAACGACAUUCGGACUUCGACUUACCAAGAAACAGUCAUAUUAAAUUCCGCACAGCCACAUACGAAUCUCCUAAGGGCACUAUAGUCACGAGCACAGAUCUUGAAAACCGGAGACUGUCACAACUAGACCAGCUACAGUUACGGUCACCUGAACAACAAAAACCGCAAAUUUCCGCGAAACCAAGCAACAUACCGGUAAAAGCGGAGAAAACGAAAGUAUCUCCAGGCGUUUCGUCCAAAAUACCGGUGUUUACAACGCAGAAGUCACUGAGUCAGGAGAAUUUGACCGAUACAAAGUUUUCUUUGCCUCGUUCACCGCCCCCUCAGUUCAGUAGUUCUGGCAACAUUUCUGUGACGUCGAUAAUAAAGAGCAGCUCUAGGAGUCCCAGUGGCGGGAAACUGUAAAAUAUAAAUGUCAAGAUAAUAGUUUUAAAGAUUACAAUUUACGAUCGAAUCAGUAUUCGUUUCGAAUUGUUUGAUCGCUGCCCUAUUUCAGCGAAAAGACAGAUGAUCAUUGGUCAAAUAUUACUGUUACUGGCAACAUCAAUUUCGAUUCAAAAUUUAAAAUGGAGAUGUCAAAUCGGCUUGUAAAGACGGACACCGAUAGAAGAGUUAUGAGACGAUUUGUAUGAAACAAAUUAAGAAUCAUAAACUCCGAUUUAGGUUAAAAUAUCAGCUUCGCCGAAUAAACGUAUCUAAUUUUUGUAAUGAUCUUUAAAACCAUAUACAUAAGGAUCACAUUAUAUAAUGUGACAAUGUGUUUUUAUGCUACACUGAGGUAGUAAUUUGAAUACAAAUUGUAUAAAAUCCUGAUAUAGAUAAGUUUACAAUAAAAAUAAAUAUAUUAAAAUGAUAUAUGUUAAGGUUAGACUACUCUUUCAAAGUGUCUUAUAAAAGUGCCACAAACACCAAGAUUAAUUUUAAAAUUUAUAUUAGGUACUUUAGAUUUUCUUUUAUCGAAUCUUUAUUCCAAAAGUGCCUUGUAUUAAAUCAAUUUAUAUAAAAAAAAGAAUAUCUUUGUGUAUUUACCUUUUGACAGAUUUAUAGGUUGUGAAAAUAAGUGUUAAUAUUGAAUUAAAUAUAUCAUUUUUAUGUUAUGUCACAAUUUAUUAUAAUAUAAAUAAACAAAAACGAAAUGAAAUAAUCAUGAGAUUGUAUAAUUAUUGUAUAAUUUAAAAUAAUUAUGUAUUACCAAUUGACAUUCCGUCCGAGAGUAUUACCAAUAUUAAAUAAUAAGUUUAUUAUUACAUAAGUACUUAAUUACGUUCGCAGCGGUUAUUGCAGAAACAAAGAUUUCUGGGCCAUUUACUUCGGUAAGUUCUAGUUUAGUUUUCAUGGCUAUUUUACGUAAUGGUUGGUUUAAAAAGUCGCUUAGAAACUUAAAAAUACAUUGUACGUCAUUAUGUAUGUAUUAACAACUCUAAAAAAAGUUCGCAUUGUGAAACCAUAGACAAGAUCUUGUGACGAGAAUAUUAAAAGAGUAUAGUGUCAUAAACUUGUCUAUGUUAGCGUGAACAUGAAAUAAAAACUCAUUUCUUCAUAGCAGGUGAAACUCUGCUAAAAUUCUAACUUUUUAGUGUAUGAGCGGAUUAUAAGUCGACCACUUAGUAAAUUAGCCAUUGUAUAAUUAUUUAUUAACAUUUUAAUUGUUAAAGUUGGUUAGAGUCGAUAAGUAAUGAUCUUGGAACAAUUACAGUGUAACAUGUUAUUAUAUCACAGUUAUAAAUAUUGUAUUUUAUCGAUGUAUUAUAAAAUAAAUGCGAAUAAAAUGUU